GAGAAUAAAACCUCUGAGCCAGUGUAAAAACCCUAGUCUCAUCUUCGCGCCCUCCAAUGGCGACACGUCGAUGCCUUCGCGAGCUUAGCCGCCGCGCCACGGCGGUUCUCUCCGGCAGCCAAUCGCGUUCCGUCUCUUCGCUGCGGAGAUCGGUUCCCGAAGUCUCCGAUAUCUCUCUCGGAACACUAAACCCGACCCGGAGCAUUGCACCGGAUUCUCUAUGGUACACUCUUUGGCCUCGCUCGGAGGUUCGUCUGUUCUCAUCGACUCCUGAUGAUAGCGACGACGGUGAGGGAGAUAGCAGCGAGGAAGAGGAGGAGUGGGAGGGGGAGGAGAAUGCGACGGAGAUGGAUCUGGAUAGGGUAUAUUCUCCUGCGGAGAAGGAGGCGGAGGCGGCGGAGAUUGGGUACAAGGUGUUGGGUCCUCUCCAAGUUUCCGAGCGAGUUUUCAAACCGUACGAGCCUGUUUUUGCCGUUGUCCAGAUCGGUUCGCAUCAGUUUAAAGUGAGCAAUGGGGAUUCCAUUUUCGUCGAGAGAUUGAAAUUCUGUGACGUGAAUGAGAAGUUACUUCUGAGCAAGGUUCUUCUACUGGGUUCAAGUAGCCAGACGAUCAUUGGUCGACCGGUUGUGCCCGAUGCAGCUGUUCAUGCUGUCGUGGAAGAGCAUGCUUUGGAUGCAAAAGUGCUCAUUUUCAAGAAGAAAAGACGGAAGAACUAUAGGAGAACAAAAGGACAUCGGCAGGAAUUGACAAAGUUGAGAAUUGUCGAUAUCCAAGGAAUAGAAAAACCCGAAGCGAAAAUUGCCCGCAAGCCUGCCAAGGCAGCUGCUACAGAGCAAGCGAAAAAGGUCGAAAUUGCUGCUUAGAGACUGGUUUCUGUUGAACGCAAUAAAAGAUUGCGGAGACAGCCAUCAUCAUGCUAUGCCUCGGGUAUGGUACUAAUGGGAGAUGUUCUUUUGUCCGAAAACUAUGUUUUCUGUCCAAAAACCGAAGCCUCUUAUUCUUUGUUGUUUGUUUGAACACAAUAUAACUUUG